AUGACGAAAGUGAAUCUUCAACUAAUCAAGGAUAUUGUUAAUGCUUGUGCGAAAGAAACAUUGAAAUUUAUAAUUGAGGACUUUAAUGGAGAUUACUUUGGGAUAUUAGUUGACAAAUCCAAAGACAUCUCACACAAAGAACAAAUGGCUCUUGUUUUGAGCUUGAAUCCUAUCAAUUCUUUCUCUAACUUUGACAAAGAUAGAAUCAUGACUUUAACGAAGUGUUAUCCAAAUGAGUUUGAUGAUGGAAAGCUUCUACAUUUAAGUUACCAACUUAAUACUUUCAUAAUUCAUAUGCGAGGUGGUAAUUCCAAACUCUCCAACUUUCAAGGAAUUCAUGACUUGGCAAAGGCAUUAGUUGAGGCAAAUCUUGUGGAGACUUAUUCACUUGUUUAUUUACUUGUGAAGUUGGCUCUAAUUUUACCCGUUGCUACUGCAACUGUGGAAAGAGCAUUCUCUUCCAUGAAGCACAUAAAAAAUAAAGUGCGAAAUAGUAUUGGUGAUCAAUAUUUAAAUGUUUGUUUAGUACGUUACAUAAAGCGUGAUGUAUUUGCAAAUGUAAGUAAUGAUGUCAUCGUUGAUCAUUUUCAGAAUAUGAAAACUCGUUGUGGACAAUUGUAA